GAUGGACUGUGAUGAGCUUCACACGGUGAUCAGGCUUGUUCUGAAAGCUGGGAACUACAUGAAUGCAGGUUGUUACACUGGGAAUGCUGUUGGUUUCCGAAUGAGCUCAUUACUGAAACUCGCUGAGACCAAGGCAAACCGCCCAGGAAUGAACCUGAUGCAUUUUGUCACGAUGGAAGCGGAGAAGAACGAUAGGAAGUUGUUGGAAUUCCCGAACAGGCUGCGGAAUCUCGGGGCAGCAUCCAGGUUAUUCAAACAGGAACUGGAGAGUGAGUUUGAGAAACUGAAACAGAAACUUCAGCUGGUGAAAGGAAACCUGGACAAACACCUGGAAAUCCGUCAGCAAAUGGAAACCUUCAUCCAGAAGGCAGAGAGGCAGCUGGAGGAAGUCCAGGCCUCAGUGACUGAGCUGCGGGUGGUGAGUCAGCAACUUGCUGAAUAUUUCUGUGAGGAUGAAGAGAAAUUCAAACUGGAGGAAUGCUGCCAAAUCUUCCAAAAUUUCAGAGAGAAAUUCAUCGUAGCGACACAGGAGAACAAGCAGCGUGCUCUGUUGGAGAGGAAACGCCGAGAGAGGGAGAAGGAGGAGAAGAAAGCAAAGCGGAUCUCGAUUGCGAGCUGUUCUCACAUGGAGAAGGAUCUGGGAGGCGGAGAUCUGGAGUCACUGCUGCAUAAUAACCGGAACUCAUUUCGACAGAGGAACAGCCGACAGGGAGAAGGCUCGAUCCCCAGGAGCCAGUCACUGAAGCAGAUUCGGGCAAGAAGCGAACAAAAUGAUUCACGAAAUGGGUCCCUAACCCGGGACGAUGCUCAGAGGCUGAGGGAGGUUUCUAAGAAGCUGCUCGGUUUCCAGGUUGGAGCUGAGAACUCCGGGCAGCGUCACAAACAGAGCAAAUUCGCCCAGACCUCGCGAAUCUCUGAGGAAUACUGUGAGCCAGCCAAGGCCAGCACUACCCCAAGUAAUGGGCACGCGGAGGUGGGUCAGGAGCAAAAGGAAAGGCUGCUGGGAUCUGGGGUAUCAGGAGUCCCUGCCGUUGGUGAGUCAGAACAGUCUGGGAGCCUGGAGCCAGCAGCAACCCAGCACCCUGGCAGUUUGGUCCCAGUAAAAGCCCAGCAGACUGGCAGUUUGGAUCCAGUAAAAGCCCAGCAGCCUGGCAGUUUGGUCCCAGUAAAAGCCCAGCAGACUGGCAGCUGGCAGUAUUCCCUCUCUGGAGGCUUCCUGAUGGGAAUGGACAAGGAGUUAGGAUCCGGGGCAGGAAGGUUAGCUGGGAGCUGUACCCCUGACCCCGGAGUGGCUCCCUCACAGUCUGGUGUGACUCCAUUCCCUCUCGCUGGGAAUACUCCUGAUUCUGAACAAGAGCAGAAACGAUUCUCUUCAAACCUCCCUGCUGAAUCUCAUCGUCCAGCAUCCUCCUCAGCCAGGGCCUUCCGGAAAGCUCUCUCCCACAGUUUCUCUGGAGAGAAGCCUCGGCCUGCAGCCAGGAAACGCUCCCUCACUCGAGGUUUCUCUGCAGACAAGGUGCCCUCAUCUCCAGCUGUCAGGAAACUCUCCAUCACCGCUGCAUCUAAAUCUGUGAAGCCUAUCACAGCCAACAAGCCAACCCAGAAAGAUGAGGCAAAGGCAGAAGAGUCCCACACUUGGAAGUUUGCCAGUUUCUUCAGCAAAAAAACAAGCAAAACAUCAAUGGGGGAGGGUGCCUCAGAUGGGAGAGUGAAAAAAGAGGUUCUAGAAAGCCCUAGUCACAGCACUAACUCCUUGGCCAACUUUUUUAAACAUUUCAGUGACAACAAAACAACUAAACUCAAAAAUCCAUCAAAUGCCACCAUAGUCUCACGCACAGAUGAUGGGACUGAGCCAUCUUAACUUCUGAGUGUUACAGGCGGAAGGGAGGGGGGAGGGGGUACAUGGGAGUUAGAUCCUCGCUGCUGUCCUGCCAAUGGCCUGAACAGAAAUGCAGGAUGCAUCGGCUUCGUCAAUGCCCAUCAACAAAUAGAUGGAGUUUCAUUGAGUGUCCUCUGUGUGUAAUGUCUCUAAGUGUGAGGGAUCGGAGAGGGCCGAAGGUCUGUUGUCCCGGGAGUGAUUGGUAGGGAAUGUCCAUCACUCUCCGAAUGAGGUGACAGCUGGAAAUGGACAAAUGCAGUGGGAGAUUUGGAAUUCUGUUGAAGACAGAGCUGGUCAAUGAGUGGGGAACUGACAAUGAUGGUUGAUCUCCUCUUCAUUGAUUGGCCUAGAGGAAGAUGGUUUGAAGACGAGCCAGUUAAUAACGAACAAAGAACAAGAGUAGGCCACUCAGCCCUUCGAACAUACUCCAUCAUUGAAUAAUAAUUCAUAGCCAAUUUGAUAUUAAUCUGAAUUCUGAUAUAUCUGUGAGAAUCUCUCAUCCCCUUGGUCAUAAAGAAUCUGUCUAUUCUGCCUUCAAGUGAUAACUCCUCCAAUUACCAUCCACCUGUUGAUGGAAGAUCAGAAUUUAUGAGACAUUAAGAUGUGUUAUGUUUUUGACAGUUUCAGUGAAUGUGGAGUGAACUCUGUCAUAUGUUACAUUUCAAAAUGUCAUAUUGGGACGUGGAGAGAUUGUCUCGAGAACAUGAAAGUUGAUGGUGUCUCCAGGCUCAGAGACUGAGUUGAUUCUUCGCUGAUGUCAGGUCAGUAGGGAGCGUAUCCUCACUCAUGCUCCCAGCUGGUCACUUCAAGCUGAUCAGAUAACAAAGGAUUUGCUGAGGGAUUCACCAAUGAUUUUGCAGAGGGACUGCGCAAAUAGGUUUCUGUAUUGAAUAACUUGGAUUAACCCAGGGUCAGGAAUCCAGUGUGUUACAAUGAAGCAUCUUCUAUUGAGCAUGCUAUCUCACACAUCCAUCCAUCACUUUUCUGUUAUUACCACAUUCGUAAUAUUUUUAAUGUAAGCUGUCACGAUGGAAUUCUAACAUCCCACCAAUGACCGUUCUUGUUGGAAUGUAAAUGUUGAAUUUAUAAUGAAAGUCACCUAAAAUAAACAAGCCUUUGAAAUGG